GAUCUAGGUCUAGAUUUGAAUGCUAUUUCAAUCGUCUGAUUAAAAAAAAUAUUAGACUAUCUAGACUCUAUUAUAGUCUAGGCCUAUAUAUAUUCUAAUAUUAUUAGACUACAUUAAAUAUGAAGAUGGAAAUCCCCGAUAGCAAUCAAAAAAACGUUUUUCAGCUUAAAGGUAUAAAUCUUAUCCUAAAAGAGCUUUCUCAAGAUGGCAGUGAACUACUAACUAAUUGGGAAGCACUUAUCAACAAUGCCUUGUCAUUAGCAAACUCCCUUUUCCACAUCCUCUUUUUAAGUUUAGCAGAAAAGGCAGAACUCGAGGAGCUUGCAACGCAGUUGUGGAAUAAAGUUGUGAUUCUAAAGUCAAAAAAAUGUUUAUCAGCAUUAUCCUUGACCAAAGCACGCCAUGUUGCGUUUCAAGUUGUUACACAUCUGUAUGAGUCAAAUAAUGAUGAAAUGACAAUAAAAAAACAUGUCAUUAUGGCAUUGAAAACAGCUAGGGCAUGGAUUGAUUGCAAAGAAUGGGAGAAUGCUGAAAAAGUGUUAUACAUCUUUCACCAGGCUAUUCAGAAAUUACAACACAUAAGCAAAGAGAAAAAAGCCUUCAAUUUGACAACAGAAGCCUUUAAAAAAGAGAAGUAUGAAAUUGACACAGAUAUUUUCCAAGGGCUCUGUUUGUCAGCUGAAUUGAAAUUUGCACAGUCUCAACUAAAUGAAGCUAAAUUGAUGGUGGCAAAAGCAAAAGAAUUUAUGCAAGGAACUUUCCCUAAUAAGGCAGGUUUUUUGAGCUUGCUCUGUCAUAACUUUGGAGUGGAUAGUUUCAAAGACAAACAAUUUGGAGAAGGAGUUUUUUGGUUAAAAGAAAGCUAUCAAUUAGGAAAAGAUGCUGAUGAUGUUAGCACAAGCACUCAGGCUAGUACUCUACGGCUUUUAGCUAAUUGCUACAUGGAAGAAAAAAACACAGAUUGGAUAGAAAAUGCAUUCAACGCCAUUCAUUUGGCAAAUAAAAUUGACCCACAUCCUGCUGGAAUUUAUUUGAAACUGCAACUUAAUGUUUUAGAUGAGGAACCAAAUUUAAACUUAAUACUUGCCUCUCUUCAAGAGAUGUUACAUCAUAAAGACAGCAGCAUAGACCUAGUACUGAAUGCUCUUCACCUAUUAAAGAAACACCAAAUAUCAAGUGUUGCCUUUCAACUACGCCUAGAAAUUCUAAAAAAAUUUGAGUUUCAUCCUGACUAUGGUUUGCUGCUGGUUACGAUGCUUGAUUCAUUUCUCACAGAAUCUGAUGGAGAGUUUGCUAAAACAUUUUCUCAGGAGUGUAUCAUUGCUCACAAUACUAUUGGAAGAUUGGAUGGAGCAACAUUGAAGCGUUUCCACAUUUUGUUUUGGUCAAAAGCAGCAGAAAUGUUUGAGAAUGAAAAUUACAGUGGCUCUAUUACUUGGUAUAACUAUUCCCUGAGUCUUUAUUCUUCACUGAGCCCAUCAGAACCUAAUCUUGGAAAACUGCAUAGAAAUUUGGCUACAUGUUAUUUGCUUGUUGGUGAAACAGCCAAGGCUUCAACAGCAAUAGAAUUAUCUGAAAAAUGUGAGCCAAACAAUGCACAUGCACAAUAUAUUAGUUUCAAAGUAGCUCUAGCCACCAAUGAUUGGGAAAAAGCUAUAAAAAGUUUGAACCAAUUAGUGAAUUGUUCACCUAAAGAUGAUGAUACAAAUAAUAUUAUUUGUUUAGCUGCUCAUUCUGCUUUAGAACAAGAAAAAUCUGAAUUAGCAAUCCCUGCAUUGGAAUGUCUUAUUAACCAUAGCAAGGACAGUAAACAUAUUCUUAUAGCCAUUAGAUGCCUUUUGAGGUUACUUAUUACAGAAAUUGAAGAAAAUGAAAGGUUAAGUGUUAACAAUGCCAUUAGCAAAGUAAGGACAGCUUAUAACAAGAUACUUGUCAUAAAAGCUAAUAAUGAAUUAUCAAGUGCUGAAUUAGAAGAUGAAGCAUUGUGGUUUAUGAAAAUUGCCUGGAAUCUAGCAAUAAAAUAUAGAGAUGAUGUUUAUGCAGUGAAAGAGCUUUUCAAUUUAUGCUAUCAGCUUCUAACUUUGUGUUCUCUUAACAUUGGAAACUACAUCCAAAGCAAUCACUGCCUACUUAUGUCUUGUGCAGCUUGUCUUCAAAUAGUGAAGAAUGAGCAAGACAAGUCUCUUGUGCAAGAUGUUUUGGAAGAAGUAUUGAAAAAUAUUGAACAGUACCGCCAAGGUGAACAAAGAAUUGAAAAAUAUAUAUGGGCACAAGUCAGCCCCAAUUUUAUUUUAGGUGUGCAGACUAAAUCAUCCCAAGAAGAAAAACUGCUUCAUCUGUAUAAAUUCCAAGCUCUUUUAAAGUUGAAUGAUGCUAGAGCAGAAACAGUAAUAGACAGUGCUCUUUUAUUGCCUAACUCAGAUCCUAAAUUGUUUCAUACUUUUGCAGCAGCUGCAUUAGAUCCUACAGUAAAUAAUGCAAAGUUAGGUGCUAAAGCUUUAAAAAUAUCCAUAAGAUUACACUUAGAAGCCUCCACUCCUGAUUAUGUGAAAUGCAGUGCAGAUUUAAGAAAUCUAAUUGAAUUGGUUAUGAACAGAAAUGAAGAGGAAGAGGCAUUGAUUUACCUGGAAGAGGCAGUUGGAGUUAUUGAUAAAGCUAAGGGUUUAUAUCCUGAAAUUGAAAUAGUUUGGUUGAUGACCAGGUCGUGGAACUAUGGACUGCUCCAAUACAACUGCUGUAAGUAUCCAGAAGCUGAAAAAUGGUGCUGUAAAAGUAUCAAGUUCUUGAAAUAUUUGUCAUCUGCUAAAGAAAACUAUGAGGAACAGAUGAUAACAUUGUACCAAGACCUUCUAGCAAGAGCUACAUCUGGUGAGGAAUGAGGUUAUUCAAAUCCAAAGCUAGUAGUUAGGAAUGGGAUAUUUGUAUUAUUUUUUUCAAAGCAGUUACAUUUGAGUUCAAUAAAAUGACCACCUCAAGCCAGUAGUUAAUAUGAAUUAAAUUGUAACAUAUUUUCUUAUAUACCAAAAUAAAAACAAUUUGCUUUUUUUUUAAAUUUAUAAGGGCAUACAUAAUUAUAUAUUAUAAACAUUAAGGCUAACUAAAUGCUCAUUAUUUGUGUAUAUGAAUUGUUAUGAUUGUGACUUGUGUAAAGCUUGAGAGAACUUAUUUAUGUGUGUAGUUUAUGAAAGAAUCAAUAGUUAAACAAAUCCUACACCUAUAGUGUUAGAGUGAUUGAGCUCUUGUUUCUCCUUGUAUCAGGUUGGCUUAAGAUUGCCUUAGAUUCCUUUAUAGUUUAAACAUUAGAUACUUUGGUUCCACUGGCUAAGUUUGAAUGAAUACUUCAUUUAGAUAAAUAGAAUCAUCCUUCUUGGCAGAUCAUAACAUGAAAAUAUUCUCUGAGAUCUUGGAGUUUCAUGAUUUGGUUGAUGGACAGGUGCGUUUGAUCAAGUAGGGUCUGUUGCUUUCCACCUUGUGACCUUAUUGUAACCAGUAUUUAUCCUGUCACCAGUCAAGAGGUGAGUUCACAAAUAGUGUGUUCACCUUCAGUUUCUGUAGUAGCAUCCAGUACUGAGGACCUAAACUUCACUUUAUUUCAUCAUUACAUGGGACUGCUCCUUUAAACUUAAGAAUAGUGAUAAGUUUUCAAAGAGUUUUCAUGUUACUCUAUGUUUGUGGUCAAAAUGAGAAUGUAGGCCUACUUUAUUACUUGAAACAUGACACACUUUUUUUUUCUUGUUUUUCCUUAGAACGUUUGUAUUGAUUGACUUUGUUCAAAUUAAAGUUAUUGAAACAUUUUA